AUCUAUGACCCAUUUCCACAUUUCCUUUGCAAUAUUAUAAGUAUAAAAGUGGUUCCUAAACUGGAAUUACCAUUCUGGUUUCUAUUACAGAAGAAAAUACAUUUAAAAUGUCCCGCUUUGCUGUUCUCUUAUUGUGCGUUCAGGCUUUCCUGAUUCAGGCUGCUUUUAGCCAGCAGCAGUGCGGUUGCAAUCAAAACUACGGCCAGUACAGUUCCACCGUGAGCGCACCCAUCAGCUACGCCACGUCCGCGUCGUACGGCGGUACCGGCACCGGGCAGGUCGGCGUGUCCGGCGACAUCGGCGCGAGCGGCACCACCUGUGUCGUCGGCUCCGUGCCCGUGCUCGGCUCCGUCGACUUCGGUGGCAAGGUGGCUGCGGCCGGCUCCGUGUCCAUCUCCGGACAGUGCGGGUGCGGUUGCAAGGCUUAAUUAUUUUUUAGCAAGGAAGAACUGAUGAAGUCGCAAGGAGGUUUUUUAUAAUAAAUAGUAUGAAAUAAAUU